AUGGCUGGACGCGAUCUGGGCCCCGGGAGGAGCAGUCGUGGGGUGAAGACGAGUGGGGCGCUGACUACCACCCGCUUGGCAAUGAUAGCCGAGACACAAGGUGCAGACAAUAGAAUGCAUCUUCCCUUCCUGUCACCCAACGGGGGUAAUCGAUCCCCUCUCCUGUCCUCCUCUUUCGCUCACUCACAUGUUCCUCCUCAUUAUCGGCCUCCCCAUCCUCCACCUCAUUGCCCGGUCCUCCUACUGUCCGGUCGACUGGCACAACCAGGCAGUUUGGAAAAGACCGCAGAUUGA